AUGAAGAGGAGGCAUUGGAGCCACCAGUCGUGCGGCCUCCUCCUGCUCGUCGCCGUCUUCUGCCUGCUCCUCCUCGUCUCCCUGCGCCACUGCGGCGGCGGCGGCCGUGCCACGGCCGCUGCGCCGGAGGGUGGUGCGGGGCGGAGUGGGGAUGGGGUUGACGAGAGGCUGGUGGAGCUCGCAGCCGUGGACCCGGCGGCGUCGGCGGUGCUGCGGGCGGCCAAGAAGCUGCUCGAGGGGAACCUGCUGGCGAGGAGGGCGCCGGAGAGGCACCGGGACGUCGCGCUCCGUGGGCUGAGGGAGUGGGUCGGCAAGCAGCAGCUGUUCGAUCCGGGCGUCAUGUCCGAGCUCGUGGACCUCAUCAAGCGCCCGAUCGAUCGGUACAACGCGGGGACAGGCGGCGGCGGCGACGGCGACGGCCAGGGCGAGACCCGGCGGUACGAGUCGUGCGCCGUGGUCGGCAACAGCGGCAUCCUGCUGGCGUCGGAGCACGGCGAGCUCAUCGACGAGCACGAGCUCGUGAUUCGGCUCAACAACGCGCCGGCGGGGGACAGCGCGCGGUACGCGCGCCACGUCGGCGCCCGGACAGGGCUGGCGUUCCUCAACAGCAACGUGCUGAGCCAGUGUACCGUCCCGCGCCGCGGCCUCUGCGUCUGCCGCGCCUACGGCGAGGGCGUGCCCAUCCUGACGUACAUGUGCAACGCCGCGCACUUCGUGGAGCACGCCGUGUGCAACAACGCCUCCACGGGCGCCGCCGUGGCGCCGGUGAUCGUGACGGACCCGCGGCUGGACGCGCUGUGCGCGCGGGUCGUCAAGUACUAUUCGCUGCGCCGCUUCGUCCGCGAGACGGGGCGGCCGGCGGAGGAGUGGCCGCAGCAGCACGAGGAAGGCAUGUUCCACUACUCGUCGGGGAUGCAGGCGGUGGUGGCCGCGGCCGGCGUGUGCGACCGCGUCUCCGUGUUCGGGUUCGGCAAGGACCCAUCGGCGCGGCACCACUACCACACGCUGCAGCGGCGGGAGCUGGACCUGCACGACUACGAGGCCGAGUACGAGUUCUACCGGGACCUCGAGUCGCGGCCGGAGGCGAUACCCUUCCUGCGCGACUCCGGCUUCCGGCUGCCGCCGGUGGCGUUCUACCGCUAA